UUUUCUAUUAUUCUUCUUCCGUCAUUACUGCUGAAGCCGAGGAAGGAGUGUCCAAACCGUCUCUCUGCAGUGAACUGAGAACUGAACAGAACACCCUUUUCUUCUUCUUCUUCUUCCUCGUAACCUCUCUCUCUCUCUCUUCUAUCUAGCUCUCUCUCGUCGAGUCAUGGAUUUUCCUCAUGUAUGCAACUUCCAUUUUCAUUCAUCCAUUCAAUCUCUACCUUUUUUGGUUUGAAUUCAAGAUUUUCUUGGUCACUGCAAUUUCCAUCCGGCGUUACGUCGACUCCGUUCUGAGCUCAAUUCGCUGACACAACACAACACAAACCCUUCAUUUCUUGCACUUUCUGCCAGAUCUUGUUUCUUUCAAAUUUUUGUAUCUUCUACUUCCAGUUUCUCUCUCGUUCAGUAUCCAAACGUGUUUGAAUCGAUUCAUCAGCAUAAUACUAGUUACUACCCAAUCCACUUCAGCUUGAGGGUGUUACAGACAUGUAUGUAUGCAAAACAUGUUGAGUUCAGAUUGUAGCAGGUAGUUAUUCUUCAAAUUUCACAAAGACAUGUGGUCAACCUGCUCUCAGCACCAAUGAGUAAUUUACAGAGCCCACAAGAAUUACAGUCCCCAGCUCAAGCUUCUCUAGAUUCCCAGAGUGAACAACCAAACAAUCACACAACUGAUGUCCCCGUUACUGACUCAGGUUCAGCAUCAGCAUCUGCAUCGAGCAACGAUAGCAAAAAAGUUUCGCGGCAGGAUAUUGAGCUUGUCCAAAAUUUAAUAGAAAGAUGCCUACAAUUAUAUAUGAAUAAAGAUGAAGUGGUCAAAACACUCUUGACUCGGGCAAAGAUAGACCCUGCAUUUACAACUCUGGUAUGGCAGAAGUUGGAAGAGGAGAAUGCCGAUUUCUUCCGGGCCUACUAUAUCAGGCUAAAAUUAAAAAAGCAAAUACUUCUGUUCAAUCAUUUGCUUGAGCAUCAGUAUCAUCUGAUGAAGUAUCCCUUGCCUGCAAAGGUUCCUUUUGCUCCCAUGCAGAAUGGAAUCCAUCCAAUGCCUGUCAACAACCUACCUAUGGGAUACCCAGUGCUACAACAGCAUUCCAUUCCAGCUGGUCAACCACAUCUUGACUCCAUGAAUGGUGGUAUAUCAAGUUGUCAUGUGGUUAAUGGAGUCCCUGCACCUAGCAACUUCCAUCCCAUUCGGACGAAUUCUGGGAAUGGAAUGGUGAUGAACCACAGUGCUCCUGAUAUAAAACCUGUUAUCCCACCAAACAGUGCAAUGUCAUCCUUAUCAGAAAUGCCAGUGAGUCCAGCAUCGGUAGCAUCCAGUGGCCAUUUCCCCUUCACUGGAUCAGACAUACCAGGAAUGGGGGCAGAUGCAUCUGCUCUGGAUGCCGCAUUUGCAUCUGAUUUGGCAAGCUCUGCCGGACUGCAUCUUGCACCAGAUAAUGGCACUGCUAUUCCCAGAUCCCUCGAUCAAAUACAGUGGAAUUUUAGUCUAUCUGAUCUAACAGCAGAUUUGUCAAACUUGGGAGAUCUUGGAGCUCUGGGAAACUACCCUGGUUCACCAUUUAUGCAGUCUGAUUCGGAUAUUUUGAUGGAAUCCUCGGAUCAAAAGGACAUAGUGGAUGACUUCUUUGUCAAUACAGAGCCCCACGGCUCUCAGUCAGAUGAGGAGAGAGGUCUUGAGUGAAGUUGAGGCAAGUUAUGUUUCUGAUUGUAGUCAUUAAGUUAGAUAAAUUUAGGAGUACAAAAUGCUUUGAUUACUAUUUAGAUUGCUCAGCAUGCAAGCUUACUGUUACCGAAGUGGAGGCAGCAUGAUGCAUAUCAUCAGAAUGAUGGUAAAAAAUAUCAAUUGUUAGCUUUAAUUGCAAUCUUUUGAAUUUUUUGAGAAAACUGCGAGUUGGAAAAGUUGGGCACUGUGUUUAGGAAGUAAUUGAUGCAUUUGGAUAUAUAUUGGUUCGAUCUUUGUUGUGAAGAUUGAUGUGAUGUUGUUAUAGACAUUUUGUAUUUCACUGAUGAGAACAGGUUGCACUGUUAUUCUUCAGUGCAGAAUAAUUUUACUUCGUUGAAGUAUAAUUGUAAUUUCUUCUAAGAUACAAGCAGUUUUGAUAUCAUAAA